AGGUCAAGCAGCCGUUGCCGACAACUUCAAGUAGCCUUUUCUGACUGAGCUUUCUAGCCGUGUGCUCCUGUUUUGAUUUUCUACAGAGAUGCUCUCUUUAACUUUGAGACAACUCGCACGGCCACUUUGCCAGCGAGCCUCAGUGAGCCUUGGUGUACGUGGGCAGCAUUCCCAUGCUUCCACUCGCAAUGUGGAUGACGAUCGUCCAUGGACAGGCCAGGAGAGCCUAGCUCAAGAUGAUCCUGAGAUGUGGGAUCUGCUGCAGAAAGAGAAAGACAGGCAGUGCCGUGGUUUAGAACUUAUUGCCUCUGAGAAUUUUUGCAGUCGAGCUGCUCUGGAAGCUCAGGGCUCCUGUCUGAACAACAAGUACUCUGAAGGCUAUCCAGGGAGAAGGUACUAUGGUGGCGCAGAAGUGGUUGACCAAAUUGAGCUUUUAUGCCAGAAGCGUGCCUUGGAGGCUUUUGACCUGGACCCGGCACUGUGGGGUGUCAAUGUCCAGCCGUACUCUGGUUCCCCAGCAAACCUUGCUGCCUACACUGCUGUUCUCAACCCACACGACCGCAUCAUGGGCUUGGAUUUGCCAGAUGGAGGACAUCUGACCCAUGGUUACAUGACUGACGUAAAGAGGAUCUCUGCAACAUCAAUCUUCUUUGAGUCCAUGCCCUAUAAACUCAAUCCUGCAACAGGACUCAUAGACUAUGACCAGAUGGAGGUGACGGCCAAGCUGUUCCGACCCAAGCUCAUCAUUGCUGGUACCAGCGCAUAUGCUCGCCUCAUUGACUAUGCCCGCAUCAAGAAGCUGUGCACUGAUGUUAAUGCUUACAUGCUAGCUGACAUGGCUCAUAUCAGUGGCCUGGUGGCAGCCAAAGGCAUCCCCUCUCCUUUUGAGCACGCUGACCUGGUCACCACCACCACACACAAAUCCCUCAGAGGAGCCAGGGCUGGCCUCAUCUUCUACCGCAAAGGUGUUCGUUCCGUGGACAAGAAAGGCCAUGAGGUCGUUUAUGAUCUGGAAGACAAGGUCAACUUCUCUGUCUUCCCGUCCCUGCAGGGUGGACCUCAUAACCACGCUAUCGCUGGUGUGGCUGUGGCACUGAGGCAGGCCCAGUCUCCCAUGUUUAAGGAGUACAUUGCACAGGUUCUAAAGAAUGCCAAGGCAAUGGCAGCUGCACUCCUCAGCAAAGGUUAUACGCUGGUAUCAGGUGGGACAGACAACCAUCUAGUCCUGGUGGACCUGAGGCCUAAGGGCAUUGAUGGUGCACGAGCUGAGAGGGUGUUGGAGCUUGCGUCAAUCACUGCCAAUAAGAACACUUGCCCUGGGGACAAGAGCGCCCUGACUCCUGGUGGCCUCAGGCUGGGUGUUCCUGCCUUGACCUCAAGACAGCUCAAGGAAACUGAUUUUGUGCAAGUUGUCGAAUUCAUGGAUGAGGGCUUCAAGAUUGCCUUGGAUGUCAAGAAGAAGACAGGAAAGCUCCAGGACUUCAAGAACUUCCUCUUACAAGACCCAGAGACUGUGGCUCACAUUGCUGAUCUGCGUCAGCGUGUUGAAGCUUUUGCCAGGCCUUUUCCUAUGCCAGGCUUCCACGACCAUUAGGACAGCUGAUAUUUAUUUCGGGGGCAGAAAAGCUGGAUGUCAGAAAGGCGGCAGGAGAAAUGCCGUGUUGGUGACGUGGUGGUUUGUGCCUCUGAUGUGGGACGACUCCUUUUUAAUCAAAUCUGCUACACGACUUUUUACGAUUUUGCAGGCAUCUAAGAAUAAGUUAUUUUAAAGCAGCAUAACUGAAUUUCCAAUAACAUCAAGCAGUCAAGUUUCAGAUUGCAACCCAUACUGUACCGUGUAAAUCUGUUUCUAAAAAGUAUGCAGGUCAGAUCCCUCUGGAAAAACCAUAUGUUUACAUAGGCUGCAUGUUUAUACACGCUCGCGAGCGUCUCCUUGUCCUGCAGAGCCGGCGAGGUUCGUGCAGCUAACAACAUGGACUCAGACGUUACUGUACUCCUCCAAAUAUUAGAUCAUAUUGUUUAAAACUGACAUUAGAUUAGGAUUAGUGGAAUCUAAACCAAAGUGUGGCAAUACAUCUCAUGUUGCGUCUAGUUCACUAACGUGCGUGGAUUAUCAUUCAGUAACCUCAGCUCUGCAGAUAGCAAAACUGGCUAGCUUGCUAACCCUUCCAUUUCAUAGUCUGCAAAUGAUUAUAAUCAGUAACGGUACAACAUUUUCAGUUACCUCGUCUAUGUUCUAUGUUCUGCACGCUACAAUGUGUUGUCUUUCUACUUCAGAUUUUUCUUAAAUGAAUGUGUGCACGCUUGGCAUAGUAGGAGUAAGGGUCCGUUAUUGGUUUGGUUGUAGUUUGAAACCUCAACACUAGAUGUUGUUGAACAUUCCCUCAGGCUGCUUUAAGAGCACGGCAACUCCAUUAAUAUAAAUGCUAUACAUCUGCAGGAUGCUUCAAAUGGUUUUAUAUUAGAU